GCUGCAGAUGCAGCGCUGCAGAGCGGCAGCACCAGAACGCAGCAGCAGGUGCGGGGGCAGCAGCAUCCAGGGCGCAGCAGCCCAGAGCCGCUGGAGUGCUGCGCUUGAGCGGCCAGGGGUACAUAAGCCGCGCCCUGCCGCGAGCGGCUGCCGGAUCCCCCUCACCCACCUCUCCACACAUCAAGAUGAGGCUCUCGGCAUACCUCUCCGUCUUCGUCGCCCUGACACUCAGCGUGCAGGCCGCGUCGCUGCCCGCUGUCGAGGACGCCGUCGGCGUGGCCGACAUCGAGCUGGCCGACCGCACGGUCCGCACCGUCGGCGGCUGCAUCAAGCGCAUCAAGCGCAACCACCUGCAGAGCUUCUGCCGUGGCUACGUCAAGAAGUACAAGAAGAACGGCUGCAAGUGCAGCACGCCGCAGAACAAGCUGCCUUCCUCGAUCCGCAAGUACGACAAGGCCAUGAUCGCAGAGGCGUGCGCCGAGGUUGCAUGCAUCUCGCUCGGCAAGUGCAAGGCCAAGCCGACAACACCUGUGACGCCGGCACCCAGCGACCCCGUCGUCGAGCCCGAGCCGACGCCCGAGCCGACGCCCAAGGACCCGCCCUUCGUCGACCAGACGGGCUGCUUUGGCGGCGCCGAGAUGCCAGCGGACCCCAACGACCUCAACGUCUGCGCCAACUGCAAGUGCGAGUACCGGGCGCUGGACAGGUCGAUCCAAGGCAGCGACGUUGAGUUCACCCGGCGUGCUGUCGAUCCAAGCGAGGCGAUGCUGGUCCGCUGCCAGUACGAUGCGUCGAGCAGCUCGUACCCGGCAAAGUUCACGAUGCCAAUCACACUGGACUCCCCGCGCGCCCUGGGCUUUUCGCUGACGGGUGCCAGCGGCGGCGGCAACGGCCGUGCGGCCGGACCUGGCGGCUUUACGCAAGGCCUUGCAAGCAGGCGAGACGCACCCCAGAAGGGCGACGAGUACGACGUCUACCUCGGCCUGCCGGGCCAGACUGGAAGCGGCCUGGCCGCCGGGCUCGCGCUCGGAGGCCGUGGAGAGGGCGGCAGGGCUCUCGGCGGUGGCAGCGGUGGCGGAGGAUCCACGUGGGUCACGAAGCACGGCGCCGGCAGCACGGACGCGGAUCAGAUCAUCAUCCUUGCGCCCGGCGGCGGUGGUGCUGCGCGCGACGCCAUCCCCGACGACAACCGCGGCUGGGGUGGUCGCGGCCGCGGCACCUGCCGCACGCCGCGAGAUGGUGAGACGUUCCAGCGCGAGAUCUGCAAUCGCCGAGGCGAUGGUUACGGCGACGACUCGAAGGACCCCGAUUACGUCGCCAUUGCUUCCGCAUCUCGCACGGUCGGCGCGGACGGCCAGUCUGGCGGUGGCGGCGGAGGCGGCGGAUACGCCUUUGAUGGCUACGUGGGCGGCGGUACUGCAGGCGGCAGCUCGUACUCGGGCGGCGCUGGAGGCGGCCAGCUGCGCACUGAGGAAUUCUCGGGGCUGGCGCCCGAUGCCGCUCCGUCUGACGGCACUGGACGCGCAUACGUGGCCUUUGGCUGCUUCGGCGGCCAGCAGCAGCGCUGAGCGACAGCUGCAUGGCCGCAGGUGUUGUGUCUGCGACAUCUGGCGCAGUCGCGCUCCUUCCCUCCUCUCGACCGUCUCUCCUUUCCUCUGCUAUCUCGCUCACCAUGAAGAAGCCGCGCGCGCCCGCUCUCCUGUCUCCUUUCGCCUUCACCGUUCCCUCGUUUGCUCCGUCGCGGCUUGUCUGCUGAAUGCCAUGUCACCUUUAA